AUCAUUCGAGUAUCGCACUUGGACAACUUCGCACGCGUCUUCCGAUUUUUCCGCUCGAGCGCUAGUUAUACUUUUUAUCUUACGUUCGUCCUCACAGCACACUAGAUUGCGGUGAACACUCGCGCGCGCGGAAAUUUAUUGUUCAAGUAUUUUUGUCGCGCACUUGUCACCGCCAGCAGCGCGGUGCAACAGCCACCACAGUAGGCUUGUGUGUUAUUGUUUGAAACGGUGUGAAUAAAGGGCGCAGAAGAGGUGAUAACAAAGUCUCUGAUCAGUGAUGCAACGGUGUGGGGAAUGAUGGGAUUGAAGAAGUUUUAAUCAAGGAAAGUUAAGAACAAACUUAAGUAUAGAAAAGGGAAUCAAAGUUAAAGAAAGUGUGAACAAAGGUUGCUGUCAGUGACCGCAAAAGUGACAGCCUGUCAAGGGGUUAAAGGCGCAAAAUAUUAAGGGGUUUCGUAGAUCGCGAAAUCGAAAGUCUAUACUAAUCGGAGAAGGUAUAAAAAGUGUCCGUGUUCGAUAUUAGUGCGAAUUAAUCACUUGUCAGAAGAAAAUCUGGAUGAAAAAUAGCGCUUCGGUGUACGACUAGUGCGGAAAAUUGUGCCAAAAAAAGUUGCUGUCUUCAUCAGAAUCGUGUACAAAGAUUAAUAUUUGUUUUGUGUUUUGUAAACAACGAUUGCCGCGGUGUAAUUAACGACGUGUCUUAAACAAGGAAGAUUUUACCAAGGGGGGCAUUUCUACGUUGCCUAUAUCUACCGCGCGAAGCAGGCGACGAGUGAUUGUGUGAGCUAAGUGUGCCACGGCGUCGCUCUAGUACGUUCAAAACGCGCGCGGAGAGAGGCACCUCAACGCGAUCAGAGUUGGCGCUGGACGGGGCCGAGGUAGUAGGCGACGGUGCUUGGAGUCACGAUUCGUCCUCCCCGUCGUCGCUAAGGAUGAGCUUGAAGAAGGCGAGCCGCACCAAAAGUCUGUCGCUGAGCGGCGAUGACUUCCCGUUGCGACCGGCUAAGCCGCGGGCGGCCUUCGUUACGGCCAAACGGCCCGAGGACACGAUGAAGAUCUUGAAGUACAUCGACGACAACGUGAUUGGCAAGGGUGUCGCAUUCCUGGGCCCGUACGGCCGACGAAAAGUCGUCUACGCCGAUUAUGCAUCCUCAGGUCGUUCGCUGCAGUUCCUCGAAGACUACAUCAACAAGGAAGUUCUACCGGCGUUCGGUGAUACAAACUGCGUCUCCGCCGUCACAGGUCUCCAGUCACAUCUAUAUGAUAACGAAGCGCGGGAUUUGGUACGGGUAGCGGUUGGUGCGGCCACCGAAGAUGAAGUCGUAUUUUGUGAUAAUCCAGCCGAACGGCUGUGCUUCCUGCUGUCGAACUCCAGUCUUCAUCAUCAGAAAGCUACGCAGUCACUUCCACCGGUGCUGUUUGUCAGCACAUCGGAGCCCAUACGGAAUCUGCGCCAGUGGAUCGACGCCGGUUGGCACGUGGAACGGAUAAUCAAAAACCACGAAGGUUUUUUGGAUUUGGUGGAUCUGGAGAAGCGCCUGAUGCAGUACUCGGAAGCCAAAAGGACCAUGGUGGGUCUAUUUUCGGGAGCAUCGCGUUUAACGGGGAUCUUGGCAGACGAUGUGGCGACCACAAUUCUACUCCAUCAGUAUGAUGCUCUGUCGAUAUGGGAUCACAGCAUUGUGGCGUCGUGUGCACCAAUUGUGACAAAUCCGAUUCUUCCAGGAGCGCAGAAAGAUGCAAUAUUUUUUCACUGCAAUAAAAUGAUAGGGGGUAUACAGGCUCCAGGUGUUCUUGUGGUUAAACGUAAGUUGGUAGAGAAUUCGGUUUCGUUUUUACACGAUACCGUUGGGGUAGUGGAGGCUGUGAGGGCAGGGUUAGUCUUACAACUGAAGGAAUCGCUGGGGGUUCAAGCGAUCAUGAGCCGAAUGGAGAAAAUCUGCAAACAAAUACUGGCACAUGUCAGGACGAUACCAGAGAUAGCACUGUUGGGUCCUCCCUGUACCACAGCGAAACGAUUGACAACUCUGUGUUUUAUGGUGCGUCAUCCGAGAGGUGCUUUUCUACAUCAUCGUUUUGUGGUAGCCGUGCUGAACGAUGUAUUUGGGAUUCAGGCAACGGCGGAUAAUAUGAUAUCGGAUUCUCUGGGGAUAAAUCCACAGCUAGCAGUAGAGUACGAUAAGGUGUUAAACGACGAAUCUCUGAAGGCAGCUAGCGUUCAUCCGGGAUAUAUCAGAAUCACGUUUCCGUAUUUCAUGCCCGAGGCUGAGGUAGCAUUCAUUCUCGAAGCGCUCAAAAUGGUGGCCACAGAGGCUUGGAAGCUGCUACCUCAGUACGACGUAGACGAUCGCACCGGGGAAUGGAGGCACCACUCAAACUCCCUGGCAAAAGAGCGCAAAUGGUUGGGUGCCAUUCGAUACACCGAUGGAAAGAUGUUGUUUUCCGACAGGAGAAUUUCUGGUCCCGGAACGUUUCCACAGAGCUACUCGGACUGUCUUCAAACUGCACGUAAUUUGUUCAAUCGUGCCCGGAAAAUGGCACAAAAGUCAACUACGGACGAAGUUGUUCUCAAGUUGCCGAACGCCUCUUUGGAAAGUUUGCGAUGGUACAUGUUACCUGGAGAGGCUCACGAACUACUGCUGGGACAUUCACACAGCGUCAAGAAUACGGUGCCAUUCGAUCCCACUAAGAUUCCAGAGAAUCCACUUUUGAUGAUUCAUCGUCAUCACAGUCUCUCGGCAUUGGAUAUCAAGCGUUUCAAAAGUCGUAGUCUUCCAGCAUCUCCGCUGCAGGUCUCCAUCCGACGGCAACACUCCAGCUCACCGAGUCAAUCACACAGUCCAACGCCAACGCCAACAUCAUCGCCUCCACUGGUACGGUUCUCGCUAGGAGGCGAAGUCAGCAACUACAGUCCACCGUCUCCACAUCAACUGCAGGUAACGAGCCUAACAAACAUGCGGGAUAUCAGCACUAGUCGCAACAGAUGCAAUAGCUGGGGAUCUCCAACGAGCACGGCAACAAUUGGCAGCCCUGUCGACCACGGUAGCCUAACUAAUCUUGAUUGCGCUGCUACUACUAAUGCCGCUUCGAACGACGAGACUAACUGUGGUGGAGGAAAUCUUGAUUUCUUUGGCCCUCAGACGCGAAACAGUCUUGGUUUGGGCCAGCAUCAGCGCCGUCGAUCGCAGGCGAUCGCGUUGACGUCAACGGCGGUUCCGAGAACUUCGGGUCGUACGGCGAGCCUCAUCGAACGAUCGCCAGCGAUGCCGACGCCUUCGUCUGUUGGUCGACCAGCGAAGCAGCGCUCUUGUUCCUGCAGUAGCCAGACGGAUCUGAGCAUUGGAUCCACCGAGAAUCUAGCCACUGCAGUAGGAGCGUCGCUCGCACCGAGUCUACCGAAUUUGCUGCAGUCGUUGCCAAUGGGAAGUAGCUGUAGUGAAACUGCCGAAGAUAUUCAGGCUUAUGUCAAAGAAGUGACCAAAGAGUUAGCAACGGAAAUCAAAUCCGAAAUCCGAGACGUCAUUUCCAAGGUGGAAGAUGCACUGGAGAGUACGGAUAGCUUGGAUAUGACGGGGGCUACCAUGAGUUCUCUUGGAAACAUAAGUUGCAAUAACGAUACCAAACGUGAUUCGAUCUCGGCAAGCGAUGUCGUUGACUAUCUGCGGGAGUUUAGCAAGGGAAUGAUGAACGAUGUCAAGUCGGAGAUCCGCGAUGUUGUGAAUGCCGUGGAUGAGAUCAUCUCGCCCGAGGGUUGUCUAGGGUCGCGCAAAAACUCUCCACCGGACAUCCUCAAGGGCAAUUCGGCCGGCGGCGGCGGUGGUGGACAUAGACUCUUGAUUAAGCAGCGCUUCAGUGAUAUCACACCCGACACCAGCCGGCCCAAGUCCGCCGACAUUGACAAACAUCGUUCGGAAUCGUUCCCUCGGCCAAACUCAUCAACCCAGGCUGCGACAGCGCCUAGUCCUGAACACUCGGGUCCGGGCUUCCCCUACACUGGUGCCAUCGCCAAAAAGUCAGAUCUCACCUCGUCCAUGUCAUCGCAGGACUCCGGCAUCAACAUGUGCUUCACCGAGCAGGACGACAAGAUUCGCAGCGCGCUCUGCAAAGAUAGAAAUCGUACAAUUUCAGCUCAUCUGGAAGGAGAUUCAGCGCGCCAUCAAACUCCCCAGCGAAGAGUUCAGUCGGAAUCAGCAGCUCCGGCGCUAGCAGCCCCCGAAAAUCCGGAACCAACACGGCUUCCAACCACACCGGAAGUGGUGGACGUGUUCACUCCGAAAAGUGCCCUCAUCCGUCAGUCGAACGUUCUGAAAAGUUCACCCUCGCAAGAGCUCGAUUCGGAUGCCAUUCCGGAAGGUGCCCGGUGGCUCAACCUUCCGAAGGACGUUUGGAAACAGGCAGCCGAGGCCCUGGAUGACUUCGGCAUGAUCAAAGACGGUGACCGCAUCCUGGUUUGCCUAUCCGGUUCCAGUUCCUCGCUCUGUCUGCUCCACCUGCUGCGGCAAUUCGUCCGCGCUCGGCAUCUCAGCAACAUCCAGCUGGCCACGGUUACCUUCGGCGACUGCGGCGUCGAUCCCCGGGCCCUCAUGCUGUACCUCCGGGAGCUGGGCGUCGAGUACUUCUACGAGCAGAGCGACUCCUCGGACAACCUGCAGGAAAGGCUCACCCAGGCGGCACAGCGCCGCGGUUACAACGUCCUAGCCAUGGCCAACACCCUGGACAAGCUGGCCGAUUGCUUCCUGGUGUCCCUGCUGUACAAAGGCAAAUUGAACCCCUUGCAAGCCAUCACAACCACACCGGCCACCGCCGGGGCCCAGCAGAUCCGAAUCAUCCGACCGUUGCUCUACAUCCGGGAACGGGCCCUGGAGGACUUUGCCGCGGCCAAGGCGCUCCCGACGAGGCCGUCACAUCUCUUCACGCGUCCACCGGAUGCCACCAACAGUAUUCUGCGCACACAGGAGGCCACCAAUCCGAACGUCUACGGUAACAUCCGGAGCGCCCUGAAGCCCCUGAUGGCGCUGAGGCUGGAAUCGACCAAGGCGACGUACGAAACGCUGAGGGCAUCGCUCGACACGAGGAAUUAACAGUAGAGGUUAUAGUCACACCGAAGUACAACCACACAAUCUUCCCCCUAUAGCACAGUAAGACGCGGCAGCCGUUUGUUAGUGAAUAGAAGAUGCAGACGAAGAAGAAGCUAGUUAGAAUAACUAAUUUUUAUCUUUAGGGACGAAAACAAUGUCUAAUCACUAUAAUUGUACGACGUGUGCGUGUCUUUGUGUUUGCGAAUGUAUUUAGUUGUAAGUUCAUUCUAGCUCUAUCCAAGUGAUAUAAAACGAGAAGAUUAUUUUAUACAAUAUGUUCUAUGUUUUACCAGGUAAAUAUACAAAAUGUUAUGAAACGAAAA